UUGGCUGAUGCUAAGAAAAAGGUAGAUGAUGACUUGGGAACCAUUGAAGGCUUGGAGGAAAAUAAGAAGAAACUAUUGAAGGACAUGGAGUCCUUAAGCCAGCGCCUGGAGGAGAAGGCAAUGGCUUAUGACAAACUGGAAAAGACAAAGAAUCGCCUGCAGCAAGAGCUGGAUGACUUGAUGGUAGAUCUAGAUCAUCAGCGCCAGAUUGUUUCAAACUUGGAGAAAAAGCAGAAGAAGUUUGAUCAGAUGCUGGCAGAAGAAAAGAACAUUUCUGCCAGAUAUGCAGAGGAAAGAGAUCGUGCUGAAGCAGAAGCAAGGGAGAAGGAAACCAAAGCACUGUCUCUGGCUCGGGCUUUGGAAGAAGCCCUGGAAGCUAAGGAGGAAUUUGAAAGACAGAACAAACAGUUGCGUGCAGAUAUGGAAGACUUAAUGAGCUCUAAAGAUGAUGUGGGCAAAAAUGUCCAUGAACUGGAGAAGUCAAAAAGAACUUUAGAGCAACAGGUUGAAGAGAUGAGGACUCAGCUGGAGGAACUGGAAGAUGAACUGCAGGCCACAGAAGAUGCUAAGCUUCGUUUGGAGGUGAACAUGCAAGCUAUGAAAGCCCAAUUUGAGAGGGAUCUGCAAGCCAGAGAUGAACAGAAUGAAGAGAAAAAGAGGAUGCUGGUUAAACAAGUGCGAGAGCUGGAGGCAGAACUGGAAGAUGAGCGCAAACAGAGGGCUCUUGCUGUGGCAGCCAAGAAGAAAAUGGAGAUGGAUCUGAAAGACCUGGAAGGUCAGAUAGAAGCUGCAAACAAGGCUCGAGAUGAAGCAAUCAAACAGCUACGUAAGCUCCAGGCUCAAACGAAAGACUACCAGCGGGAGCUGGAAGAAGCUCGUGCAUCCAGAGACGAGAUCUUUGCGCAGUCCAAAGAGAGUGAAAAGAAGCUCAAAGGUCUCGAAGCAGAAAUACUGCAGCUCCAAGAGGAGUUUGCUGCGUCUGAAAGAGCCCGUCGUCAUGCUGAGCAAGAAAGGGAUGAAUUGGCUGAUGAGAUUGCAAACAGUGCUUCGGGAAAGUCAGCGCUGCUGGAUGAGAAGCGCCGGCUGGAAGCUCGUAUUGCACAGUUGGAGGAAGAGCUCGAGGAAGAGCAGAGCAACAUGGAGCUUCUCAACGAGCGGUUCCGAAAGACCACGCUGCAGGUUGACACACUUAAUUCUGAGCUAGCUGGGGAGCGAAGUGCUGCCCAGAAGAGUGAAAAUGCCCGGCAGCAGCUGGAAAGGCAGAACAAAGAGCUGAAAGCCAAGCUGCAGGAACUGGAGGGAUCUGUGAAGUCGAAGUUCAAGGCAACAAUUUCUACCCUAGAAGCCAAGAUUGUGCAGCUAGAAGAACAGCUUGAGCAGGAAGCCAAGGAGAGAGCAGCUGCUAACAAAUUGGUGCGUCGUACAGAGAAGAAAUUGAAAGAAGUCUUCAUGCAGGUGGAGGAUGAACGUCGACAUGCAGACCAGUACAAGGAGCAGAUGGAAAAGGCAAACGCCAGGAUGAAGCAGCUCAAGCGCCAGCUGGAGGAGGCUGAAGAAGAAGCCACACGUGCAAAUGCUUCCCGACGUAAGCUUCAGCGUGAGCUGGAUGAUGCCACAGAGGCUAACGAGGGCCUGAGCCGGGAGGUCAGCACUCUGAAAAACAGGCUAAGGAGGGGGGGGCCCAUCACCUUCUCCUCGAGUCGCUCUGGGAGACGCCAGCUGCACAUCGAAGGGGCUUCUCUGGAGCUCUCGGAUGACGACGCGGAGAGCAAAGGCAGCGACGUGAACGAAGCGCAGCCGGCCCCUGCCGAGUAGAGCCCCGUCACACCGCUUGCAUGCAGAGACCUUUGAUGCAGCAGUCGGCAGGAGGAGGAGGACUUUCCUAUCCACCGAACUGCCUUGUGGCCGUAAAUCUGCCUUACAAAACGUCGGCAUGCUACAAGGUUACUUAUCAUAGGUCAACUAUGUCUUAAGGCUCUCCAGCCUCACCAUACUGUACCCUGCUUCAGAUAUAGGUACAACCGCUUUUUUAUAUAUAGUAAACAAAACGGGAUCGUCUCUGUUCAGUGCAUCUAUUUUCCAGAUACUCCAUUGUAAAGCCAUUUUAUAAAGCAUCAUGUGAAGGAUGAAACUUUUUUUA